AUGGAAAACCGGCACGAGGCCGAGAGACUGAGCCAGAGGAACGAUCGCAUGGGCCGAGAGCUACCAAGAGCGCGCGAGCGUCCAACCGAAGGACUGGGAACGCCGAGAAUCAAGAAAAGAUGGAUUGGAGACUUACGCGAGCGCAGAUACAACAACGUUUGUCAAGUUUGGAAGUGGCAGGGACGACCCCUGGGACUUGGCGAGAUGGGUAUCGCCGUAAAGACGACCAAAGGAAAGGACAAACCGAAGGAGAAGAAGAAGCAGGCGGAGCGCGAAGUCGACGAACGGACGCGCGCGAUCGACAAGUUGCUGGAGGGCAUGAAGGACCGCCAGAGCCGGAGGAGGAACGGAAGAAGGAGAGGAGGACAAUAUGGACGGCUCGGAAGCAGAAGGAAGAGCAAAGUGCGACAGAAAUGGCCACGCAAGCGAGAUAGCGAGUUGAGGCAGCGAGGAGACGAGGACAGCGAGAAGAAGCAUCACAUCAUGGCUGAUGAAAACGACGAAAACGAGAGCGAAGGAAGCCAGGAAGAGACGGGCAAAGUGCCCAAAGGAGAAGAGGCGGAGGAGAGGAAACCGAGCGGCGAGCCAAUCCCAAAGUCGAAGUGGAAAGGCUACAUCUACGUACCUAUCAAGGAAGAGACCGAGGAGACCGAACAGCAGCUGCCAAAGGCAGACGAGAUGACUGGACGCACUACUCGUCGCGCGGCUAACCGAGUAAUCGAAAAAUAA